CAGGAGACUACUACACGUCUACACCAGAGACCAGACCAGCGAAGAAACGGAGAGGCCCGUCCGUCAUGGACGGUCCUCGCCGGCUCCUCGCGCUCGCGGUCCUCCUCCUCGCCUCCGCGUACGGAGCGGACGCCGCCGGCCUCCUCCGCGCGCCGCCGACCGGGUACAAGUACAACGCGACCUUUACCUUCACCGGGGAAUUCCUCGUCCUGCUUUCCUGCAUGGGCCCGGCCAACGGCACGGCGGCGUACGGGCACGGCGGGAUCAUCCACAGCUGCACGCUCGACCAGCUCAAGGAAGGCAGCUCCGCGCCGGAGACGACGCCCUUCAAGUUCAAUCACGGGCACGGCUACCCGGCCCCGUCGCCGCGCGCAGCACCGCCGGAGGACGGCCUCCUGCAAGCUGCAGCAGGGGGAGAGCAGGAGCAGCACGUGGGCGCAGCUCCAGCGGUGGCUCUUCCUCUUGGUCGACGUCGACGACGUCGCCUUCGACACUGCCUACAGCGGUGGCCCUUCGCCAACGGGCACGGCCACCCGCCGCGCAACUUGAACGCGGUCAAUCACGGGCACGGCCACCCGCCCCCCUCGCCGCCAGGGCACGCAGACCCUCCGGCGGACGGCCUCCUGCAAGCUGCAGCAGGGGGAGCUGGGCCGCCGCGUGAACACGCCGUGGUGCAGCCGCAACUGCAACGGCGGCUACCACCACAUCCACAUGGAGGCAGAGGUGGAGAGGAGAAGCAGCACGCGGGCGCAGCUCCCGCCGUGGCUCCUCGUCGACGUCGCCUCCGACACUGCCUACAGCGGUGGUCCUGCGCCGACGGCAGGACCACGCCGGCGCGCAGCUUGGACGCGGUCAGCGACGGAGGAAAGAAGAAGGGAGAAGAAGAUGAAAACUGAACCGAGCUCUAGAAGCUCCUAAUUGCUAGCUGCGUCUCCACUCUCCUAUAAUCUGCACACUCGAUGUUAUUACUAAAAAUUAACGUUUGCAUUGGCAUUUGGCAAUUGGCAA